CUUACGUCUGUUGUCUCACUCGCACACUUAAUUAAUCAUUCUCAAGAGUCGAGUUAUAAUUUUGUUCAUCAUUUCGUAUCGUUUAUUUACUAGCAUUGCAGUGUUUUGUGAAUAUAAAUGUUAAUAAUGUACUAAGAUUCUAAUACGUAAUGACGUGAAUAGUAAAGUGAGCCGUGCAACAAACGCGAUGCAAUGGAUUGGUGUGUAAUAUUCGAUACAAGGUAAUGGGCGAUGUUCUUGUUAUAAUAAAGACAAAAGGCUCGUCCUUCACACAUUAGUAGAGCAUCGUUGUGCAAACAAUCUGUUAUCUACACGCCGCGUAAUGUUAGAGGUGAUUAUUGAAAUGCUAAUAAUGUUCCACUGCAUGUAAGUACAGUGAGCCGAACCGCGCUCUUUAAUAACUUCACCCGCGCAAGCAAAGACGUCUAAUUACUAACUCCUCUUGAUUGGUGGUGGGUCUCUAUCGCUUCAUGCUGUAACCGGUAAUAUAGUACAGCUUACUAAUAAGACAAUACUAUGGCUAACGUAAAGAGUAGAUUAAAAGCACCCAAAAGUGCAUCUACGAAAAAGAAGAAGAGAGGUCGUAAACCAAAAAAAUCGUUGGCAGGUCCGAAAAAAUCGGUGUCGAAGAAAAAUAAUAUUCAAAGUGUAAACACAGAGCCAGCGAAGGCUAGUGAUGAACCACAGACUAUUGUCACUGUGAGAAAUAAUAACAUACAAAUAAAUAAAAGUGAUGUGGUCAUGAAACGACCGAGCUCUCGCAAGGUCAUGACACCAGAUGAAAAAGUUAUAUUUAUAUUGAAACACGGACAUAAACUUAAGGAAAAAUUUAUACUAACUAAACCUCCAGCACCUGUCAAACAGAACAUAAAGCAAAAUGAAUGUCAAGUUACUGAGCCACCAAAAAAAGACAUACCAGUACCUGAAAGUGAUCUACCCCAAUUGUCAAAAAGUGGCCGUCUUAAAAAGAAAUCUAAAUGUGACAUGACAUUGAUUGAUAGUAUAUUGAAAGGUGAACUGAUGAUUAAUGAUAAAGACAAAGACAUAUCUGCUGAACCGGUUCCAUCAAGCUCACCUCCCCCAGUGCGUGUAGACAAUAACAAUGACAUAGCAUUAACUGACCAGAAUAAAACACUUCAUGACUUAUCUGAUGAUGAAUAUCAAAUAUCCGAAGAGAUGUCUGUCACAUCCGAGGAAGUUUCAGACAUUAACUCUUCAAAUGAUACAACUCCUGAUUCUGGUAAAAAAGCUAAUGACCAAAACUCAUAUAAUCCAAAACCCAAGCAUGUUAAAUUGAAAAAUGGUGUUAUAUUAAACUUAUUAAACUUUGAGUGUGAUAUAUGCCACAGAACAUAUAAUAGAAAGUGUUCUUUGCGUAGACACAUGUAUACUCAUCUGGGUAUGAAACCUUAUAAUUGUCGUCUUUGCCGCCAGGCCUUCUGGAACCCCCAUAAGCUGCAGGAUCACAUUGACCUGUACCACAAAACUAAUGGAGGAGACACAGAGUUAUUUAUCUGCAACUAUUGUGACAAGCCAUUUCUAGUGAAAGAAAACUUGCAGAAACAUCUCGACACGCAUACAAAAGCUGAGAAUUCAUUUAAAUGUAUUUACUGUAACAAAGUGUUUGGUUACCACAUCAUGUUGAUGCAGCAUGAGAAGAAACACAUGGUGAAGGGUCGCCACGAGUGUACGCUGUGCAGUAUGUCGUUCCGCUGCCGCAACCGCCUGUACAUGCAUGUUAAGAGCCAUUUGAAACUCAAAGAUUUCAUUUGCCAGUAUUGUGGGAAGGAAUUUAUGCUCCAUAAUUCUUUGAGGCGCCAUGUUGAGGUGUGCCACGGCGGGCACAGGAUUGUGUGCCCGAUCUGCAAUAAGAAUUUGAAAGGUCAUUUGACUGAGCACAUGCGUACUCAUGAGAAGAAACGGCCCCAUGUUUGUCCCGAGUGUGGACAACGUUUUACACAGUCCACCCAACUGAAUGUACAUCGGCGAGCGCACACGGGAGCGAGGCCGUAUCCAUGCCGGAUAUGCAAACGAUUCUUUUCACAUUCGAACGCUCUGAUGUUGCAUAUCAGGCGUCACACAGGCGAGAAACCAUUCCCCUGCCCCAUGUGCCCAAUGUCCUUCUCACAACUACCACAUAUGAAAACACACAUGCGCAAAAUACAUGGUAAGGAGAACCCUUAUAAAUGCUCUAAUUGUGACACUUUUUAUAAGCUCAAAGCACAGUUGGACGUGCACUCUAAGACAUGCACAGCCGCUACAGCAGAUGCAGCAGAGACUCCUGCUGACUCUGUGCAAGGUAAAAAGAAAAAGUCCAAGAAAGCCGAGGAAGUGAUAGAAGUGGAAUCGUCGAUGACUCUGUCUCGUAUGAGGUUCCUGUUGGCUCUUCUGCUCACGAUGAUCGCAACCAAAGAAAAACUCAAAUACUUAGGGUUCAACAAGAAACUCGUUGAUGAGAUACUUAUCGAGUCCUUGGAGGGCAUGGGUCGAUCUCCUUGCAAAGACGAGACGCUUCCACCGCUGAAGCGUUUGAGAAGGAACAUCGAGAUGUUGCUAAUUAAGACGGUGCCCAAAGACCAGAUGGAGAAGUUCAAGAAGGAAGGCAAGUCUAUUGAUGAUAUUCUAGAGCUGUUGACUACUGAUAAAGAUAAGUAGAAUAUGCAGAUCAUUCAAACUUAAAGGUAAGCGUGCACUACACCCGGGGCGGGUCAUAAUGCCGCGCGAAACAAAAGGCGGCCGUCCGUCUUACGACAAAAAAGUUUUAAAUCCAAAAAAGGUCGCACACGUGUUUACACAAUGUAUUCACCGACACGUGUGUAACUAAACCUUUUUUGUGACGAACUCAUUUUAUGAUGUAAGUAGGCUACAUAAGCUCUACGAUGUUAUCCAUUUAAAAAAAGUUUUGUAUAUUUGUAUACUGUUGCGCACAGUCGUGAGUAAGAUAUGUAUACUGUGAAUUUUACGCGGCAUGUUUCGUUUUAAACUUUAAAUAAACACGUGUGUCGUUGCGUGUGUUCUUAAAACAAAAGCGCUUCCAUUUUGAGCAGUCCCUAAAGUAAUAAAAGUACGAACGUCAAUAUUAACAUUCAAAAAACAGUUCAUCGUUUAUUUAUAUUCGCACAAACAGUAUAACAUGAAAUAAGACUUAUAUUUAAGAAAAUAAGGUUUAGAAUUGCUAGAAAGUUUCUAGAAGUGCAUCUUUGUUUGCCCGCCCCGCUUGGGUUUGCCCGCUAAUGGUGCAUUAGAUCUGUUAUAGUGUUUAGCACCAGAUGUAUGUUGAUAUCAUUAAUAUAAUUUAUACUUCUCGCUAUUUAUGUAUCACUCAUCUAUUUAUAAAUAACAUUUUACAUCUCAUGACCUUUGGUUUCUAGAUUUUCUUAAAGUAAUUUUUGUACCUAUUUAUCUUUGCAUGUAAUAAAAUACCUAUAUCCUACAUCUAAUUAGAUCUUGAGGUUUGACCUUAGGUAUUCUAGGUAGAAGUCUAUUAGAAACCAAAGUAUAUAAACAAAAGAAGGUUGUCACUCCAAAAAUGUUUGUCUUUGGAUCAAUAUCUUUUUAUGUAGUACUGUAGUAGUGUGGACCGUUAUUCUAUGUAGUAGCAUGAUGAAUGGUGUGUUUAGAAACUCGAAUUAUUUUUGUGUCAUCCGCGAAGUAUCUAUGUUCAUUGAUCCUUCAUAUUAAGAAGAAGUUUUAACCUCAUUACUGGUCUCCAAGCCAAGCGUUAUUUCGCCCCAAGUUUCUGUAAAAGAAAUCAUUCAAGUUGAGACGACCCAUUCAUACCGAAGCACAGGUCAAAUUCAAAUUCCAAAGUAUGUAUUAUAAACGUAAUAAAACAAUUAUUAUUCCUUAAAGGAUAUUUGUAAAUUUAUCCUUAUUGAUGUGUUAUAGCCGUGGAUAGAACUAGACGUCGUAACUUCUAAUUUAAUGUUGAUAAGAGAUAUGACGUCACAUUUUUAAACGUGAGUAGUAAAAACCCAUCAUAAUAGAUUUCAUACUAGAAAUCAUACUGUAUUUUACUUAGACACUACAUAAUAAAUAAGUUAAACGCGCAAAUGAUACAAGGUGAUCGAGUUAUUGAAAAUGGUUGUAACAUCCAUAUCAUCAACUAAGCAAUUUAUUAAUAAAUCAAAUAAGUUCUAUCACUAAUUUAGCAAUGACUUGAAUGAGUGACAAUCCUUAUGAUAAAACAUCACUAAUACAUUUUUUUAUUAAUUAAGUAAAAUCUUAAUGUUGUAGUAAGGUAAACAAUAUUUUCUAAGUACACAAUAAUACAAUUUUAAUGGAAUCUGCCCAUCAAAAUAUUUAAAUAAGUGCUUCUUAAGCUUUACUUCGAGACAAUAUGGCGUUAAUGUCAAUUCUUUUAUCUUAAAUUAAAUUAAUGUAAUCAUAAUUUUAAUACGUCCAUUCGACAUAUUAAAUACUUACAAAAAAUGUUUUAUCUCAUAUCAUAUUACUAAACAAGUAAACACACUAGGUAUUUAGAGAAAAAGUAAUAAUAAAUGUAUCUUACUAUGGGUAGAUUCCUAUACAAAAUGUUAGGGGGUAAGAUACUAUCAAUAAAACGUGUGGAAAAUUGUCAAUAAAUGGCGGUACCGCAGCUGGCUGAUUGAUUGGCCUAUCAUUGCGUAAUUUAAAAAAAUACAUAUUUGACGUUUAUGUGUAGCUGUCA